AUGUCAACAAACACGGAGCCUAACGGCACUGGUACAACCGAGAAAUGGGUUGCAAAGCUCCUCCAAGAGUGCGCAAAGGCCAUCUCAGAGAAGGACUCCAAGAAGAUCCAUCACCUCCUAUGGAUGUUGAAUGAGCUUGCAUCCCCCUAUGGAGAUUGUGACCAAAAGUUGGCAUCCUAUUUCCUGCAAGCUCUCUUCUCUAGAGCAACCGAAUCAGGAGAGCGCUGCUACAAGAAUUUAGUAUCGAUCGUAGAGAGAAGCCACUCUUUUGAGUCUGCAAAGAAGGUAAUCCUCAAGUUUCAGGAGGUGAGUCCUUGGACCACAUUUGGCCAUGUAGCAUCCAAUGGUGCGAUCUUGGAAGCCAUGAAAGGAGAGGCCAAGCUUCAUAUUAUCGACAUCAGCAACACCUACUGCACCCAAUGGCCAGCUUUACUGGAAGCCUUGGCAACCCGAAAUGAUGACGCACCAAACUUAAGGCUUACGGCGGUGGUGUCGACCGUCGGCAUGGGGGGAUCGGUGAUGAAGGACAUCGGGCAUAGGAUUGAAAAGUUUGCGAGAUUGAUGGGUGUGCCGUUUGAGUUCCAAGUGGUGAGGGUGGCGGCACGGUUAGGGGAGCUCAAGGAAGAGGACUUGGGAGUCCAAGAGGAUGAAGCAGUCGCUGUGAAUUGCAUCGGGGCGUUGCGACGGGUCAGCGUGGAAGAGAGGAAUGAUUUCCUACGCAUGCUUUGCAACAUCCGGCCAAAGGUGGUCACCGUGGUGGAAGAGGAGGUUGACUUCACGAGCUCUAGGAGCGAGUUUGUCAAGUGCUUUGAGGAGUGCUUGAGGUUUUACGGCGUCUUCUUUAGGAUGCUGGAGGAAAGCUUUUCUCCCACCAGCAAUGAGAGGUUGAUGUUGGAGAGGGAGUGCUCAAGGAGUAUUCUUAGUGUCCUCGCUUGUGAUGAAAAUGGUGGUGGACACUGCGAGAGGGGGGAGAAGGGGAGCCAAUGGUGUGCAAGGCUAAUGGAAGACUUCUCGCCUAUGAGCUUUAGCGACGAUGCAAUCGAUGAUGUUAAGGCAUUGUUGAAGAGGUAUCAGUCAAGAUGGUCGCUCCUGCCUGCAGAGGGUGAUGCCUCAGGCCUCUACUUGACAUGGAAGGAGCCAGUGGUAUGGGCAUCAGCUUGGAAACCCAAGAAACUCUAG